AGGAAUCAGUGAUCGAGCAAAUGGAGCAGCAACAGAAAGAGAGCAUUUCUGGAGUUCAGGAAGAGUCACACAACCUUCAGUCACAGAUCACAUCCCAGUUUGCUGAACUGCACCAGAUAUUCACUGAGAAAGAGCAGCGCUUCCUUGGAGAUAUCCAGGAGGAAGAGAAAAAGAUUGUAAAAAGAAUGAAGAAAAAUCUUCAAGAGAUUCAAGAGAAUUUAAAUUCCAUUCAAGAGGAACUCUCAAAGUUACAGGAACAGAUGGACCAGAAGGCCGAUGUGAUAUUUCUUAAGGAUGAAGCUGGUCGGGAGAGCAGUGCGAGUGUUGAUACUGAAUCGUUGUCAGUGACAGAUGCUGCCCCGGCCUUUGAAACGAUCUAUCGCCCCUUUGUGUUGAGCACAAUGAUAACAGAAAUAUCUGAUGCCAUUAAGCGGUGUAGCUUUUCACCUUACGUAGCAAACGCAGCUGCCGGGAAGAUUCACUUUCACACAGGCAGCUGGAGAUGGGAGAUCCCUGAACACAACCGACAGGCGCACCCCUCCCCUGUCUCACCGCCUCUCAAGAAAACAGGAGCACGGCCCCUCAUGUCCGCCCUCGUUCAGUAUGAUCAAGGCGACUCCACCACAUCUCUACCUCCUCUUUAACCACGAAGGGUCCCGAGGUUCUAAAUACACCUCCUCAUUUGUAAACGCCAACCGCAAUCUCUCGCCCAUCCUCACAGUCCGCACUUGUCCACACCGUUUUGAAAUCCCCGCCCCAAUCUCACGGCGCCGCUACUCCGGUUCCCCAAUGCCCAUGAAAUUCCCCUCUUCAACCGGGAGAAAACUCCGGGGAAAAUGCUGGUUUCCAUCCG